AUGCCGGGAGUCAUUGAGGAGACGAACAAGCCUACUGAGCCGCGGCCUGUUGGGAUCAAGCCCCCGACUUGGGCCUGGCUUGGGCUCACGGCUCAGGCUAUAAUUUUUCUAAGCCUGGGCCGCUCCAAGCGGAGCCUCAGCCACAGCUUUGAGCCCAAGCCGGGCCGGAACAUCACUAGGACUCUUGAAGUUGGCAUGGUAGGGAAUCCUACCAUGAACACAUUGGUUUACUGCGUGCUCGGUGCAGCACCAAUAUGUAUUUCAAGGCAAUUGGCUGGCCGGCAUCCUAUUAUAUAUUCGCCAGUAUUCCUCAUUCUCCACUGGCUUGUGGUCUCUCGCAUUGGAUCUUCUCUGGUGACUGAACGAUCAAACUCAGGCCCAGGUCUUGACAUGAUACCACUAAUUUCUCUUGCAUUCCUCUUCGCGCUGCCUGCGGAUACGUUUGGAGCACCUACAAACGUGGCUCCAGUUUCUGGUCAGGCCAUCUCCCUUCUAAGAAGGAAUCAAUCGCCUCGAGAUGUCACCCAAUGGGGCGCUUUGGCGAAGAGGCAGAGGGACAAUUUGAUAGCAAAGUAUGGCGACGCGACAACACGGAAAAGAAGCACCGGUUAUAAUCUGAUUGUCGAUCAGCAGUAUGAUUCUAGCUAUUACGGUUCAUUGGCUAUUGGUACGCCUGCGGUGUCUUUUGAUGUCAAAUUAGAUACAGGCUCUUCUGAUCUCUGGCUUGCUAGUUCUUCUUGUGGCACUUCAUGCGGGUCGGUUUCUACAUACAACCCAUCAUCCUCAUCAACUUUCCAGAACCUCUCUACGCCAUUCACUAUACUGUACGAUUCGGGUUCUGCAGAUGGCUAUGUUGCACAGGACACGGUACAGAUGGCGGGAUUCUCCGUUGCCAGUCAAGGUUUUGCGGUUGUGGACGCAGUGUCACAAGCUUUACUGGCAUCACCGGUCUCUGGCUUUCUUGGCCUGGCAUGGCAAUCCCUAUCAAGUUCAGGUCAAAUGCCCUUGUGGCAGAUUUUGGCCUCCAGUAAUGCUUGGGACUCAGCUCUGUUUGCUGUUCAGCUCACUCGGUAUAAAAAUGAUUCCACCGCCCAGGUACUUGAGCCCGGAGGAGUCCUUAAUAUGGGUUACACAAACAGUAGCUUGUAUACUGGUUCAAUUGAUUACAUCGAUAUUCCCGGAACUCCCUCAUACUGGUAUAUACCAUUAAUUUCAAUGACCGUGCAAGGCAACUCCAUAUCUAUUGAUUCAGGGACAACUGCUGUUAUCGACACUGGCACGACCAAUAUAGGCGGUCCGGCCAGCUCGGUUCAAGCAAUCUAUGCACAGAUUCCCGGCUCACAACCAGCUACGGGUGAAUGGGAAGGAUAUUAUAGCUUCCCAUGCUCGACGACUGUAAACGUAGAGCUGUCGUUCGGUGGGGCCACGUGGUCGAUAAGCCCAGUGGACUUUGCCUUCACACAAACCAGUUCAACAGUAUGCAUUGGCGCAUUCUUUGAAACAACUACUAGUACUGGGUUCCCCUCUUGGAUUAUUGGCGAUACUUUCCUGAAAAAUGUAUAUUCUGUCUUCCGCUACAAUCCCCCUUCGGUUGGCUUCGCCAAUCUCUCAAGUAUCGCAAUCGCUGAAAAUGGUGCUGCAGGUACCGUUCCUUCCGCAACUUUUGGUGCAAUAUCUGCAGCAGUUACCAACACAAGCGAUGCCCCACGUGGACAUGCACUGAGCGCAUCAUUGUCUACUCUACUCUUCCUAGCUUUCUCAGUAGUUCUCCUCCUUUAA